CUGGUGUUCUUCCUCAAAACCAAAACAGUAAGGUAGUACAGACAGUACGUAACGAUAGCAAGCUAACUAGAGAGCAAGCUAUACCUAUACUAGUCACGGUUUAAAUAUUAAAUCGCGACGCUGUUUUAAAAUAUCAUGUAUUAAAACGUAGCCAAAUGCGUAAUAAUACGCACAAAUAAUCUUAUUUUGUAUGUUUUGGUGAGAAAACGUUAACUAGCUAACGUUAGCCAGCUAGCUAACUUCGCUAGAUUGGCUACCUAGCUGAGCUGUUUUCAAAUAUCAGUGUCUGCUGACUUCGCUGAUGACUUUGAAUAACUUGCAUAUGUAGCUGUGCAGAUAGCAACCUAAAUAUUUAGCUAGCGAGCUUGUUGGAAAUGUUACUUAGCUGCCUGGCUAACAUUACAAAUCAGUUUUGGUAGAACUUAGCUAACCCAAUACAGAAAUUAAACAGAAAAACCAACACACUAACUUAGCUACUGCGUUGUUGUUUAGCAAGAGUUGACUGUUUUUCAGUCACAGAAAGCUGGGAUGGGUUCUGUUUCUUUGUGGUCAAAAUGGAGAAUAAGGAGACAGACGAGGUUGAGAAAUUAAAAACAAAAUUCAUGUCAGCUUGGCACAAUGUGAAAUACAGUUGGGUUCUUAAAUCAAAGACAUGCUUUAGCAGAAAUUCUCCAGUUUUCAUACUGGGAAAAUGUUACCACUUCAAGGCUGAAGAUGCAGAGAGCCCCUUGGCGAGCAGCGGCAGUUACAUUGAUGGGGAUCUUGUCACCGCUGACGUGGAGGCGUUCCGCAGGGACUUUGCGUCCCGCAUCUGGCUGACCUACAGGGAGGAGUUUCCCGCCCUGCGCGGCUCUGCCCUCACCUCGGACUGCGGCUGGGGCUGCGCUCUCCGAGCGGGGCAGAUGAUGUUAGCGCAAGCCCUGCUCCUCCACUUCCUGGGCAGAGACUGGACGUGGUCGGAGUCCCUGAACCUGCCGACGCUGGACACGGAGUCGUGGACCAGCAGCGUGGCGCGGAAGCUGGUGGCUUCCCUGGAGGCGUCGCUGCCGGGAGAGAGGCCCCCCGGCCCGGACCCCCGCCCCCUGGCGCAGGCCCGAGCACAGGAGGCCCACGUCCACCAGGGGGAGGCGUACCACCGCACGGUGCUCUCCUGGUUCGGGGACAGCCCCGCCGCGCAGCUGGGCAUGCACAGGCUGGUGGAGCACGGCCGGUCGUCCGGGAAACAGGCCGGGGACUGGUACGGGCCCUCUGUGGUGGCGCACAUUCUGAGAAAAGCCGUGGAGGAGGCAGCAGACCCUGAAUUGCGAGGCAUAACCGUUUACGUUGCUCAGGAUUGCACAGUCUACUGUGCCGAUGUUAUCGAUAGCCACGGGCAGCGGGAUCAACAGAGGCCGGACGCCGGCGCGGGGGCGGGGGGCCGAGCCGUCAUCAUCCUCGUCCCCGUCAGACUCGGGGGCGAGAAGACCAACCCGGAGUACUUUGACUUUGUCAAGGGCAUUCUAAGUCUGGAGUACUGUGUAGGCAUUAUUGGGGGGAAGCCCAAGCAAGCCUACUACUUUGUGGGAUUUCAAGAUGACAGCUUGAUUUACAUGGAUCCUCAUUACUGUCAGUCUUUUGUGGAUGUCAGCACAAGCGAUUUCCCUCUAGAGUCCUUCCAUUGCCCAUCGCCAAAGAAGAUGCCCUUCAGUAAAAUGGACCCAAGCUGCACAAUAGGGUUUUACUCCAGAAGCGUUCAGGACUUUGAGAAAAUCAGUGAAGAACUGGCAAAGGUCCUGAGGCCAUCGGCGAAAGAGAAAUACCCGGCGUUCACCUUUAUGAAAGGUCACGGACAGGAUUAUGACCUCUCGGGUCCGCCGGCCCUCCAGCGCAAAGAGCGGCCCUUCCCAGGAGCCUCGAGGAGGCCGGGAGCCAUGGCGGGAGACUUCGUGUUGCUGUGAGAACGCCAAGGUCAGACGGCAAUUUCAGGAUGCGGGCGGAAGGGAAAAGUGCUGGCCACACUCAAUUCCUCCGACACGUGUCCAAACCUGCGCUCGCUUCCACCGGCGCCCGGGUCGCACACACAUUUCAAAACUAGCAGUAUUUUUUCGGAUGGAACGUUACUGAGAAAUAGGUGUAAUUCAUUCACUGUGUUUUUGUUUGUUUUCGGUCUGAGGAGAGAUGCACCGUAAUUAGACCGCGAUGGCGGUCGGCAGCAGACAGGAAGUGCGGUCGUACGGUGUUAACGCCCCGUUGCGUUGGUACAAGGAAAGGACGAGGUGUCUUCGCACAGUGGAACUGCAGCACUCAACCAAAAGCCUCUGCCCUCAUGACUGUGACGAGGGUGCCCUAUUGCAGACGGAAGCCACUAGAACACCAGAGGAAUUCACUGUGAUUGUAGUGCAUGGCCUUGAACAGGAAAACACAUUCGCACUGAACGUGGUUUGAGUAUCAUUUUAAGACUUGCGAAAGUCUUAUUGUGUUUCCUUUUUAUGCAGUGUCAUUUGUUAAAAUCAUACUGUGUUUUUAUGCAAACUGAGAUGCGUCUCAAGGUAGAAUCUCCCAAGUGAUUCUUGAAAAAUGCAUUUCGUUCUACUCAAAAAGAGAUUAAGUACACUAUGUGGUCUAGUUAUCCGGUCAACUUAAUGUUCUUCGGAGCAUUUUGACUGAAAAAUGGUCUUUAUGUAAAAAAGAAAGAAAAACAUUUCAAUAUAUGUUAAAACUGUUUGUCAUUUUAGGUAAAAAAAAAAAAAAAGGUUAAUCCCCUAACAUGUUGAUGUCUAAUAACCCCCGCCUGUUCUACAGUACACUAUAUCAGAAUCACUCCAACAAAUGUUACACCAGUAAACUGGUUUAAGCAUAGCAUUUUUCAUAUAUAGCUAACUAACACCAUUUUGAUUGUUGAAUAAUGCCAGAUGAAUUCACUAACAUUAAGCGUUUCUUCUGAAGCUUCUGCAUUGAGGGAAUGUGAUAUAAGAAUGCUUAUGGUUUCAAACCCAGCACUGUGGAAGUGUGUCUUAGGUCCAACAGUAACGCACAUUUUCUGUUUGCCUCCACAAAUGCUCAUCUGGCACAGCGCAGCUGUGCAUAAAAAUCAUUUCUGUUCAGUUGUAACGUGAAUAUCGACUGCCGCGCUGCCGUGCACUUGGGUACAAUAAAGUGAGACACUUACGGUGUUGGAUGUGA